AUGGGUGAGGUGGCUGGACAGGCUUCGGUCCGAGCCCCCAACGCUGAGGUUUCUGGCUCCUUCACUCAGUUCACAAAUAUCUACCGAGCGCCGUCCUUGUGCAGGACACUUCUCCAGGCACUCAGGACCCGGCUGCUUCGAGGAGACGCUGUGGUGGAGCUGGGCCUCAACGACUACCUGGACAUCUUCUGCCCGCACUAUGAGGGCCCGGGGCCCCCCGAGGGCCCUGAGACGUUUGCUUUGUACAUGGUGGACUGGUCGGGCUAUGAGGCCUGCCAGGCACAAGGGCCAGGCGCCUUCAAGCGCUGGGAGUGCUCCCUCCCCUUCGCUCCCUUUGGCCCUGUUAAAUUCUCGGAGAAGAUUCAGCGCUUCACACCCUUCUCCCUUGGCUUCGAAUUUUUGCCUGGAGAGACCUACUACUACAUCUCGGUGCCGACGCCCGGGAGUUCUGGCCAGUGUUUGAGGCUCCAGGUGUCUGUCUGCUGCAAGGAGAGCAGAGCCAGAGCCCCCCCAAGACGCCCUGGAGGAGGAGCCCCUGCCGCCUGCGCUAGGAACGCCACGCCCGACAGACAAGGUGGAGGCGUGAGGAGGGAAGCCAGAGGGUCCGAGGUGACCCCUGAGGUGCUGGCCCCCUCGUCCCAGGCUGAAGAGGAGCCACGGGGGAGCUGCCGGCCGCCUUGGGCAUCUGGAGCCAAGGCCAGCUAAGCCCAGGUCUCCUCAGCUGCUUUGAGGGCCUUUUCAUCUCCCAGGAAGACUGGAAUUUGGUGGAUUGAAGCCUUGGGCCUGCUGGGGGCCAAGACGAAGAGCUGGGGCAGGCGGACUGAAGGACCAGGGCAAGGAAGCCGCCCAGACCUGCCAUCUGUGCCCAGUGCCCUGUGGACCCUGCCCGAGGGCAGCGCCUUUCCCUUCCAGGGGGCCACUCACUCGUCUUCCGUGAAGACAGACUUGCCACGAGGCUGAAUUUCGUACCAGUUUGUAUUUUUAUAAGUUUCUGGACCAAACCCUCAAUAAACCACCCAUCUUUUUUGUUGCUCCCCUCAA